GUGCUCACAGUGUCAAAUAAGGAAGUGAAGUGCAGUGAAGUGAGGUCAAGGAAGGUAAUUACGUAGGUGUCUGAAGUGCGGGUGAAGUGAAGACAGACAGACAGACAACCUAGACGUAAAUGUAUGUGAAGUGAAGUUACAAGGAAGUGAAGUGAAGUGAACACAAGACAAAAAAACAGACGGUGAAGUGUGUGAAGGUGAAAUGAAGUGAAGUGAAGCGAAGUGAGAGAAAGACACACACAGACACAGACAAAGAAACAGAACAGACAGACAGACAGACUUAUCGAACCGUCACAUUCAUUAUCUUAAAUAUUGAAUGACAAGAGAAGUGGAAGAGGAAGUGAGUGCUGGCGUGUGGGUGUAGCAGAAGCAAUAGUAGAAGUAGCAGUAGUAAAAGUAGUAGCAGUAGUAGUAGUAGUAAAGGUAGCAGUAGUAGUAGUAGUAGUAGUAGUGGUAGUAGUAGUAGUAGUAGAGUGUCCUUGGGUGUGUGGGGGCCUGGAAUCAACGUAGCAUAGAGAGGGCAGGCAGGAAGGGCAGGAGGCAAGAUGGGGUGCACGAUGUCAGUGGAGGAGAAGGCGGCGCUGGCGAAGAGCAAGGAGAUAGACAAACAGAUCGCCGUGGAGAGCACCGCCAGGGACGUUAAGCUGCUGCUGCUGGGCGCGGGAGAGUCAGGGAAGAGCACCAUUGUCAAGCAGAUGAAAAUUAUCCACGAGUCUGGCUUCACCAUCGAGGACUUCAAGCAGUACCGACCCGUGGUCUACUCCAACACCAUCCAGUCCCUCGUGGCCAUCCUGCGCGCCAUGCCCAACCUCGGGAUCUCCUUCGGCAACAACGAGCGAGAGCCCGACGCUAAGAUGGUGUUCGACGUCAUCUCCCGCAUGGAGGACACGGAGCCGUUCUCGGAGGAGCUGCUGUCGGCCAUGAAGCGCCUCUGGGCCGACACGGGCGUGCAGGAGUGCUUCGGGCGCUCCAACGAGUACCAGCUGAACGACUCCGCCAAAUAUUUCCUGGACGACCUGGACCGUUUGGGCGCCAAGGAAUACCAGCCCACCGAGCAGGACAUCCUGAGGACCCGCGUCAAGACCACUGGCAUCGUCGAGGUUCACUUCUCCUUCAAGAACCUGAACUUCAAAUUGUUUGAUGUUGGUGGCCAGCGUUCAGAGCGGAAGAAGUGGAUCCACUGCUUUGAGGACGUGACAGCCAUCAUCUUCUGCGUGGCCAUGUCGGAGUAUGACCAAGUGUUACAUGAAGACGAAACCACAAACCGCAUGCAGGAGUCACUGAAGCUCUUUGACUCCAUCUGCAACAAUAAAUGGUGGGAGACUUCCAUCAUCCUUUUCCUCAACAAGAAGGAUCUUUUUGAAGAGAAGAUCAAGAGGUCACCGCUCACCAUUUGUUUCCCAGAGUACACCGGCUCCAUGGAGUACAACGAUGCCUCAGCAUACAUCCAGGCCCAGUUCGAGGCCAAGAAUAAAUCAACGAACAAAGAAAUCUACUGCCACAUGACCUGUGCCACCGACACCACCAACAUCCAGUUUGUGUUCGAUGCCGUGACAGAUGUGAUCAUUGCCAACAACCUCCGCGGGUGUGGCCUUUACUGAGGUGCCUGUGUGAGCGUGCCAGGUUGUAGAAUUUCCAUUUUUAUUACUCGGGACAGUCCAUACCCAGAGGCAUAACCUUGGACUAAGUAAGAUCCUAAUUCUAUCAGCUGACACUGUAAUUCAAACAAGUUGUGGUGGCAGAGAAGUUUUUCUGAUGUAUUAGAGAUAAUAUCCAGGAAAGGGAAGAAAAAUAUGAACUUAAUUGCUAAAAAUUUGCAUCAAUUCCUCAUCUCCAAGAUUCAGAUUGAUUUAAUCAGAUAGAAUAAAUACAAAACUGGCAAGGUUAGUGGGAGAUAUAGCCUUUGUUUCUCUUUUUUUCUCCUGUUUCAAGUAUUUUGCCAUGACUUCACUAAAGCGAAUGUUUUUUUAUAAACUUUCACCAAACUGCUACAAAACUUUUCAUGAGAAGGUGAACCACGACAACUGUUCAGUAGCUGUGGGAGGGAGUGGCUCCGAGCCGUGGGGUCAUUUUCUGUUCUACUCUAAGAUUUGUUUUUCAUCUUGCUCUACUUUCAUUUUACGCGAGUUUUCUCUGAAUUUUGGUUCACAUCAGAGAGUCAGUCAGUUUAUUCUAUACAAAGUUUACUGUUACUUUGUACUUUUCAAAAGGUUCAUUCAUAUCCUUAUAUAUUUUUUCUGCUGACUGAAGGAAACCAGUUUGUAUAUCUCAUGUUCCUUAUUCUAGAUUUUUUUAAGUGAUAUUUUUUUGCAUUUCUUCUCCAGAUUUUCCCUACUUCACAUGUCAAGUUUAUGAGAGCCUGUAGUGUAUUUUCUACAAUAUAAAUGUUCUUCAUGGUCAGUGCAAAUCAGCCUAGUGAGUGUUUUUAUUGCACUGAGUUAAUGACAUUCCAUAUAUUUAAUAUUUAUGCUUAAAUACAUCUUGUAAUUUACAUUAGGAAUUGAUAUACUACACAUUGCUUCCUUCUCAUUGCAUUUUAUCUUGCAUAACUUUCAACCUUUUCUAUGUGCAGGCCUGCUUGAAUAAUUAUCUGCCUGUCUGUCCCUCUCUGUCUGUUCUGUUGCUUAUUCCUGGAUGGGCCCCGGAAGAGUGGCCUAUUUCACUAGUUUAUCCAUAAGAUAUGCAGCUUGUGUGCUUCACUCCUUCCCCUCUCCCAUCCUCCCAAUAUCUACAUGUAAAUGUAAAUGUCUAUCAUCCCAUUGAUUUAUGUAUGUGUCAGCUCAGAUAUCUGACUGGAAAGUUAAAUGCCAUUAGAUUUCGUGCUUAACAUCCUGGGCUGCUGUGCGCUUGGGUUGAUGGAAAAUGCUUCUUCGGUUUUUAUUUUUUUACACCCUGUAUUAGCAAAAUCUAUUAGUGAAUGAAAAGUGAAGUCAUUAUCAAAAGUAUUACCAAUAAUUAAAUAAUUAAUAGUGAAGACCUUCAUAAUGAUUUAAAUGUAUUAGUUUUUAUAUUAUUUUUAAGCAGUGGAGAUGUAUAUGAUAAAAGUAUAUUGGUUGUGCCAUUAGAAAAAAAACACUGACUGUGAAGAAAAUUUCAGUGUUGAUAAUCAUAGGAAAACUGUAACGGAAAUGAAAACAAAGUGAGAUACCUUCCAUGGAAGUGCAACAACACAAAUGUUUCUUUUGACAAGCUAAGCUGUUCUUAUAUCAAUUAAUUAAUACACUCAAAGUGUUUCAUACUGUACAGCUCACUAUUUGAAAAGUGACAUCUUUAAAUACAAUGUUAACUUGAUGCACGACAAACAGUUCUCACUAACUUGGAACUCAUCUUUGCUGUUAUCUAGGAAAUGAAAA